AUGCUGGUCCUGUACGAAGUUGUGGCCUUUGCUGCUUGUUUCCUCUUAUCAAGCCUUGUCGCGAAGGUUAUUAAGCUGCUCUUGGGCUUGGAUAGUGAGAGAUUCAAGUUGGUUCAAGAUAGAUUCGAUUUGAAAGACUUUUUGUUGAUUUUAACUGCCAGUGCAUCUGUUAGUGGAAUCAUAAUUCUGCUAACACUUUCGGUGGUUAAUAUAGUUCAGAUUCGAAUAGGCUUGUAUUCUUGUGGGAGUGCUGAAGCAAGGAGAGCCAUUUGGGCUCUUGGUACUAUCGUUGCCAUUGCUUUGUAUUCAGUUAGUUCAAAAACCAAUAAUUCUGAUGAAAAGAGGGGUGACAAUCAGAAAGAUGAAAGCUCUGGUUUAAUCGAGGGCCGUUCCACCGUUUGA